GAAGGAUGAAGAGACAAAGAGGAAACUAAUGGAUGGAGUGAGAGUGAAAGGAGUGAUGGUGCAUGCCAGGGAUAUACUGAAUAACGAUAUGGUGGUGUCCUUUAUCAAUUUGCCUGUGUACUUAGAGGAUGAGAAGAUACUCGCCAAGCUACAUGAGUGGGGAGUACGACCACUUUCACCAAUCAAACGCCGGGUGUGGCCUGGAACGGAUAUAGUUGAUGGGACACGUUUCUUAAAAGUGCGCUUCACAGAACAGGUAUGUUCACUACCAUACUCCACAAAGUUUGAGACUCUGAGAGGCACCGAAUUUUUUCGUGUCAUCCAUGAUAGACAAAUACGUGUUUGCAGACUCUGUAUCAAGCCAGGGCACAUAAUUAGAGAGUGCCCUGAAUUAAAGUGCUUCAAGUGCAAUGGUGGAGGCCAUUAUGCAAGAGAUUGUGAAGAAUGGAUGGGAUUAGAGAGAGAGAGAGUGGAUGUUCAAGAAUAUGGUAAAAAGAGGAACAGUGUUCUGACAGAGGAGCAAGAGGAGGAAACAACUGAUGUGGUGAGCGGUGGAGAGAAAGACGGAGCUGAAGAUAGCGAAAGAAGAAGCAAAAUGGAAUGGCGGGACAGAGCUGAAAGUUUCAGUGAAGCGGAUGAUGGGGAGGAGGAGGAGGAGAUGGAGCAGUCGGAAGAGAUCGAAGAAGAGGAGGAGACAGAUGAAAGUAAUGUGAAAGAAAGAGGUAAACAAGAGGAAAAUAAAAAUACUGCACAGAAAGUGAUAGAAAGCAGAGGUGGAGAAAAGGGAGACCGAGAAAAGAAAGAUGGAUUGAAAACAAAGAUUAAAAGACUGAGUGCAAAGAGGAAGUCUGAGAUCGACGGAGAACAGGUUGAGCAGAUAAAAGAACCGCGAGCGGGUAUGUAAUAAAACUGGGGUGUCAAAGUCGAGACCGAGGAGGAAUGGGGGAAAUUGUUUUUGUUUGGAACUUUCGGGAAAAGAAAAAGAGCUGACAUUUGUUUAAUUAAUUUUGUUCUGAGUCAUGCCAGACUAGCAGUAGUUCUAAGAAGAAACUAUGCACAUUUCGAAGGGAGAAAAAUAAAAGUAAAAGAUAUGUUUAAGUCAAUGAUACAAAGAGAUGUAGAGUUGAUUUGUAAGUAUGGAGAUAAAGAGGGGAAAGAGUUUUUUUUGACUACGAAUAAAUUCAUACAUCAAAAGGUGGGGGAAGAAAUAUGUUUCAAUUGGUGAAGAGUAAUAAUCUGGUUGAGAAUGGCUGAUGUCAAUUAAGUAAGUGUAAACAUAUUUGCAUGUAUUUUAUUUAUGUUCUUUAUUUUUAUUGCUGUAUGAUUAUGCAAAAUUAAGUAGAUUAAUUGAAAAAUGAAUCAUACAAAUGUAAUGGAAUGUAAGUAAAUCAGAUGGAAUAAUGCAAUUGAAAAACUGUGAAUUGAAAGUUAAAUAAAAAGAUAAAA